GGGGGGGUGGUGUGCCAAGGACGGCGGAGGACGGGUAGGCGAUGUGGUGGAUCGGGGGAGUGGGAGGUUGAGUAAGGUUGGGUAAUGGCAUUGUCAGCAGGGCAAAGCAGUGGAGUCGAGAGGGAUGGAGGGCAGGGGAAGUGAGAUAGAGGGCAGGUCAGGGGAGAGAAGGGGAAGGUCGUGCCGGUAGGGUUGGUGGUGGUAGGGUUGGUAAUGUUACUAAUGGUAGUGGUGUUGCCGGUAGUGCCGCCGGUAGUGCUGCCGGUAGCGUUAGAAGUGGUACCAGUAGUCGCUGAUCCGAUUGCGAGCGUUAGGGAUCAAGGUAUACGGAUUGUUGGACGGGCAUCAGAUUUGUCAACGGUGGUUGGUGCUUUGGAGGGGAUGACGGAUGCCGGAUUGGGCGGUGUUUGGUUUGAGAUACUGGAUACUUGGGGUGUACGAGAGGUCUACUCGGAGUCUACUUACUACUACUCUAGCUGUAUAUUGAAUGAUUUACUUACUUAUCUCCAAGUAAAUGAUUCAAUAGAUGUGCGAUUUCUCACUGCUAGUUGGAGGCAUAAGAUAUUGGCGGCGGAGUAAUGGCGAGGUUGAUCGCCGGAUGGGGAUGGGUGAAGUUUGUUUGAUUGAGAUAUUUCGAUAUAGUAAAGCCGUUUGAUUUACUUUUGCAAAAGGCGUUUCUCAUCAGAGUUUAAUUUAAUGUUAAAGCAAGCAAGC